AUGCCCUGUUAUAUUCUUCUUACUGGCGCUAAUGGCUUCGUCGCCCAGCAUAUCCUUUCUCAGCUUCUCCAGGCAGGUCAUUCUGUCAGGGCUGUUGUUCGAACACAGUUCAAGGCCGAUCAGCUUUCAACUACUUUCAGGGCCUUCACCUCGGCCCAAUUCGAAACUCAUGUUGUUCCAGACAUCACUGCACCUUCGGCGUUCGAUGAAGCUCUCACCUCAAGUCGCCCCUUCGAUGGAGUUAUACAUACUGCAUCACCUUUCAACUACCGCGCCGUCUCCUCGAACCUCGAAUUCCUCGAACCCGCCGUCAAGGGCACUACCGAGAUCCUGUCCAGCAUCACACGUGUCGCUCCCUCUGUCAAGCGAGUUGUCCUUACAAGCUCCAUGGCCGCCGUCAUCAACUGGGGCGCGCCGAAGGAAACAGACCCUCCCAAGGUUUAUACCGACGCUGACUGGAACCCUAUCAGCUGGGAUGGUGCACUUGCCACUGAUUCGAUGAAUCUCGCCUAUAGCGCAAGCAAGACGUUCGCCGAGAAGACAGCUUGGGAUUUCAUCUCUAACAAAAAGCCUGGGUUUGAUCUUGUCACUAUCAACCCACCCAUGGUGUAUGGGCCAUAUGUUGACCCGGCUGUCUAUAAGACGCCCGAGGACCUCAACCAGAGCAACUUUAACCUGUGGCGCAACUUCCUCGAGCCAAGCUUGAAGUCGACAUCUCCACUGCCACCCAAUGGAUUGCACCUGUAUGUUGACGUGCGCGAUAUGGCGCGCGCUCAUGUUCUUGCGUUGUUGAAGCCCGAGGCUGGCGGCAAGAGAUUUGUUAUUGGCGGCGGUGGGGUCUCGAACCAGAAAAUCGCAAACAUCUUCAGACGCACGCUUCCAAAGCUGGCGGAUCGAAUUCCCAGGGGCGAGCCCGACAAGGCGGAGUUGCCAAAGGGGGUUUUUACUCUGGAUGCGUCACUGGCACGGGAAGUGCUGGGGUUGGAAUUCAUCAGUCCAGAGGACACUUUCAAGCAGAUCGCGAUUCAACUGGCUCAAGUUUCUGAGUCUGGAAAUAAGAGCACGUAG